CGUAUUGUUCUUGUACAGUUCUAUUGAUAAGUGUGAAAUGCGGUUCUUUGAUGGACGGAAUUACAGGAUCAAUAAAGUCCUCCUGUCAUGUAUCGGACAAUGGCCAUAUCAAACGAACAGAAGUAGUAAUGCUAUUAUUAUCAUUAUGGUGUCUUUAGCUGGCACGCAAUUUAUCGCCAAGAUAUGUGGUUUGCUCUCUAUUGAUGACGCUAAUGUAUUUAUCGAUUCUCUUUCACCAUUGGUAGUCGAUAUAGGCUGUGGAAUAAAAUUAAUCACUUGUAUAUUAAAAGCAACAGAGAUUAAAGCUCUAUUUGAUCAAAUACAAUAUGAUUGGCAAUUAUUAACUACACCUUCAGAUAUUAGUAUUUUUAAUACUUAUGCACAAAAUGGACGGAGAUUUACGAUCAUAUACGCUAGCGCUUUUUAUUCUGCGUUGAUAUUAUUUAUGUUAGUACCAUUGCAACCAUUAUUAUUGGGUUCUUCAUCAAAUGAUACAGCUCGACCAUUGUUACACGAAGUUGAAUAUUAUGUCAAUAUGGAAAAAUAUUACUUCCCAAUCUUAAUUCAUGGAUACGUUACAGCUAUCAUUUGUGUAAGCAUAGCUAUCGCAGCGGAUACAAUGUAUGUGAUAGUAGUAGAACACGUUUGCGGACUAUUUAUGAUUACUGGGCAACAGCUAAAAAAUGCAAUAACGGAACAUAAUUUGGAAAUAAAUUUUAAUCCACCUAUAAGAGAUGAUAAAACAUAUGAAAAUAUCGUAAACAGCAUUUGUGCACACAAGAGAGCUCUGAGGUUUGCAAGUCUCGUGGAAGCAACGUUCAAUAAAAUGUUUCUUAUAAUAGCAGCUGUCAACGUGCUUGUUAUAAGUAUGACAGGCUUUACGGCAGUCGCAAAUAUGGACAAACCAGAAGAGUUUUUAAGACAAAUAACAUUUUCAUGCGCAUUGUUAGUGCAUCUAUUUUUCGAAAGUUUUCAAGCGCAACGUCUAAUCGAUCAUAGCAUAUAUGUUCACAGCAGUUUGUAUGUAUAAACAUUUUUAUAUUAUGAAAAAAUCUUAAGUGUGAUCUCAUAGAACACAUAUAUUAUAUAUAGAAUUUAAAAAUAUAUAUAAUAUACAAAAUGUUCAAAAUAAAAUAUUCAGUAUUCACAUACAGUAGGUACAUCACUAUGUAACCCAGCUAGCCAGGCCUGUUAAAAUCACAUAUCGUGAAAGCUUUACAGCAAGAA